GGGGAAAACGCGUUUUUCAGUAAUCACGCGACGCGGACGCGCGCGAUCGACUCUUGUGUGAUUAAAUAAUUCUUUAUAAUGAAUUUAACUGUUAUUCAACGCUUUUUCGUAGCGAACAUUUUAACCGUGUGUUAUAGCGUUUUAGUUUUAUUUAAGUUUUUAUUGAUUUUUCUGAGAAAUCCCUUAAGAAACCCUUGGCAACAAAAAUUGGUAUUAGUACCCCCAGCAAGACUUAGCGACCCAAAGUACGGUGUACAUAAAUAUGUGAAGGCAAAUAAUAUAAAGCUACAUUAUGUUGAAAGCGGAGAUCCUAACAAGCCGCUUAUGCUGUUUCUGCACGGAUUUCCCGAGUUUUGGUACUCGUGGCGUCAUCAAAUUGUGGAAUUUAAUAAAGAUUACUGGUGUAUUGCCUUCGACAUGCGUGGAUACGGAGACUCGGAGAGGCCGGAGGAAGUGUCUGCCUACAAAAUAGACCUACUAGUGGAAGACGUGCGAGAUCUCAUGCGGAAAUUAGGUCGCAGCAAAUGCAUCCUAGUGUCACACGACUGGGGCGGUAUGGUAGCUACCAAGUUCCGUGACACACAUCCUGACUCGUUGGACGCGCUCAUCGUACUGUCGAGUGCGAGCAGAGAAGCUGGGAGCCAUGAACUAUGGAAUAAUCCUGAACAGAAAAAGAAGUCAUGGUAUAUGCUUUUGUACCGUAUGCCAAAAAUACCAGAGCUGAUGUUCCAAAUGAACGAUCUGCAGAUUUUCGAUAUGCUGAUGAAACGACGAGAAAAUUAUGUUGAUGAUAAUGACAUUGAAUGUUAUAAAUAUUGGUUUAGAAAACAAGGUGCACUUACGCCGCCUAUAAACUACUAUAGAGCAAAUUUCCAAUUGACUUUCCCGGAUAAAUAUAAGGAUGAAAACGUUCCGAUGAUUGUUGCCAACGGUGAAAAAGAUCAGUACAUAUCCCCCAGUACGUUGGAACGUAUGAAGGCCGAAUAUAAACACAUUGAAACAGUGCUUGUGGAAGACGCCUAUCAUUUCUUGCAACAAGAAUCACCGGAGAAAGUCAACAAAAUCAUACGAGAUUUUCUUCUUAAAAAUAAACUGUAAAAUCAAGAAAAAUAUGUAAUAUUUUUAUUUACCAAAGUUAGUAU